AUGAGCGAGGAGGAGGCGGGAGCGGCGGCCUUACCGACCCUCCUGCUGGCAGUGCUUUCACCGCCGGGCACAGGGGUCAGGACAAGACAGGCAGCAAAAAGGCAAGAGUUUGAGUGUGAGGGCUUCGCGGAUGACAUGGAGAGAACCAGAGACAGAGACGGUAUGUUGAGAAGGAGGCUCAUAGACUUGGAAAGGGAGAUGAAGGAUAUAAGAGAUAGAUUGGGGACACUGGAGAGAGAGGUGGACAUUCUGAAGACAGAGAAGGAUGUUUGGAAGAAUGCAUAUAAUGACCUGCACAAGCAGGACGUGUUUCACAAGAUCAUUGUCCCUUCCAUCACCAAGCACCAGAUCACCGAACUGAAGACGACACCACACAACGUGAAGGCUUUAAUCCUCCUCGACAAUGCCCCUGCCCACCCUGCCAAGGAGGAUUUAGUGUCACGAGACGGCAGGAUCCGUUGCAUGUUUUUGCCCGCCAACACCACCUCAAUCAUCCAGCCAAUGGAUCAGGGCGUCAUACAAGCAGUAAAGAUGCGCUACCGCCGGCACUUUAUGCAGGAAAUUCUGUGUGUGACGCUCACGGGGGAAGAAGAAGGAGACACCAGAGCCCAGAGGACAAUAGCAAACCUCAAGAGGUACAACCUGAAGACAGCAAUCUACAACCUUGAGAAUGCGUGGAAACAGGUGCCCCCUUCUACAACGGCCAAUGCCUGGAAUCCCCUGCUACGAGGCCAUGAGGAUAUGCGAGAAGUGUUUGAAGGAUUCGACCGGGAGGUGCGAGAGGUGAAGGAGGGCCCUGGGUGA